AUGCAGUCCUCGGAGAUCUUUAUCGGCUCAAUCGACCAGGGCACAACUAGCACCCGGUUCCUCAUUUUCAAUCGAGAUGGAGAGCCCGUGGCGUCCCACCAGGUGGAGUUCCCCCAGAUCUAUCCUAAUUCAGGAUGGCACGAACACGAUCCCCUCGAGCUCGUCACCUCGGUAGAGACCUGCAUUGAACAAGCCGUACAAUCAUUUGAAGGACACGGCCACACCCGCGCCAGCAUUAAGUGCGUCGGGAUCACUAACCAACGCGAGACAACCGUAGUCUGGGACCACGAGACUGGCGAACCCCUUUACAAUGCCAUUGUAUGGACCGACACACGCUCACAAGCUAUCGUGACCGAGCUGAAACAACGAGCCGGCGCAUCACAGCUCCAGAGAAUAUGUGGCCUGCCGCUGUCGACCUACUCAUCUGCCACGAAGCUACUGUGGAUGCUAGCUCAUGUACCUCAAGUGAAAGAAGCAUUCGACCGCGGUACUUUAGCGUUUGGAACGGUCGACUCAUGGCUUGUCUAUCGUUUGAAUGGUGGCGUGAGUGCCAACGUCUAUGUCUCGGAUUCGACAAACGCGUCGCGCACAAUGUUCGUCAAUUUGGAGUCUUUACAAUAUGAUGAUACGUUACUAGAUUUCUUUGGGAUCAAAGGAAAGAUUCAUUUGCCCCAAAUUGUGCCUUCAUCGGAUGCUCAUUCUUAUGGUGCUCUUGCAUCAGGCCCUUUAAAGGGUGUGCCAAUAAUGGGAUGUCUUGGUGACCAGUCCUCUGCCUUGGUUGGCCAGAAAGGGUUCUUGCCGGGUAUGGCGAAGAACACAUAUGGUACCGGGUGUUUUCUGCUCUACAACGUUGGUGACAAGCCUGUUUUCUCUACACACGGUCUUUUGGCAACCGUGGCGUACCAUAUUGGUGAGAAGGCUGUGUAUGCCUUAGAGGGAAGUAUUGCUGUUGCGGGGUCGGGGAUCAAGUUCUUACAGAAUAACUUAACCUUCUUUCAGGAGCCAAAAGAUGUCAAUGACUUGGCUCUCUCGGUGGAUGAUAACGGCGGAUGCAUUUUUGUGACGGCUUUUAGCGGUUUGUUUGCACCCUACUGGAUUGAUGAUGCUAAAGGAACAAUCUUCGGAAUUACCCAUUACACCCAAAAAGGCCACAUCGCACGAGCAACACUGGAAGCGACUUGUUUCCAAACCAAAGCGAUCCUAGACGCAAUGGAAAAGGACAGCGGAAAAGCACUCUCCGAGUUGGCCGUGGAUGGAGGAAUGAGCAAUUCAGACUUGGCCAUGCAGACGCAGGCAGACCUUAUUUCAAUCCCCGUCUACCGCCCAAAAAUGCGCGAAACUACAGCUUUAGGUGCCGCAAUUGCAGCCGGUCUUGCAUGUGGCAUCUGGAACAGCUUUGCCGAACUAAGAGAUAUCAAUCGCGCUGGCGGAACCGUAUUCGAGCCAAAAAUCUCUCGUGAAGAGAGCGCAAGAAAAUCUGCAAAUUGGGAAAAAGCCGUACAGAUGUCAAGAGGAUGGGUUGGAGGGAAUGACAUCGACGAGCCUGCCAGCUCCACUAAAGCACCAACAAAUAAGACCCCCGGAGCCUUGGUAGAGAGCCGUGUUGACCCAGUCCUCAAGACUCAAAAGCCAGCCCUUUCAUCGUUGAUAUCGGAUAUUGCGGCGAUGAGCGGAGUGGGUGAAAUGCCCAAAGUGAAGACACGGACAGUGAACGGCGGGCAAUUUUCACCGGCGAAAGCCCCAUUGCUUAGUAUUUCCGGAGAUCUAGAUGAUGACGCCGAUGAAGAAGAUUUGUUCAUGGAGUUAAGGAGGGUGGAGAUUUUGCAGAAGUUGAAAAAAUUGCGUAAAUUGAAGUUGAGCUAUUACUAG